AUGAUUGAGCCGUUGAACGCUGCAGCGGUAGAUGAACUGGAAUCGUGGGUGGAGUUGAACUCAGGCGGUAUACUGAGCGGUGCUGAGAACGAAUACAUCAGGCUCUUGAGAGAAGCCCAGAGGGAGAGCAGGGACUCCUCGGUCCGACACUCGCGAGCUUCAAGUCUUAAGGGCAGCCCAAAGUCGCCACCGAACAGCCCCAACCUCGAGCCAUCCACUGAAGAUGAACUGAAAGGAGUUUACAUUAACUGCUGGAGAGAUGACUCCAAUGACUGGGUGUGGGAGUGGAGCAGUCGGCCUGACCAGAUGCCACCUAAGGACUGGCGUUUCAAGCACCCACAAAGCGCGCGAGGCCCUCCUUCUGCCACCUCCUCCAUUGAGGUGUUGGAACAGCUCGCACCAGCUCAGCAGGGCCACUGUCUGUCCGUGCGCCGCACGUGCCUCUUCAGCCGCGGCGCCAUCGCGGCCGUGCUCGUCACCAACAUUGUGUCGCUGCUGCUCGGAGCUGGCAUCGGGGUGUGGUUGAGUAAGAAGGGCAUGCUGCCGCCCAGACUCAUCAUUCUGAAU